AUGUCGUCGAAUUCUGGAUUACUUCAGGGCCAGGUCGGAUUGAUUACCGGAGCUGGAACUCCAUAUGGUAUCGGGAGAGAAUGUGUCAAGAGAUUCGCCUCUGCAGGAGCCAAAGCCAUCUAUGCUUGCGACUUGAACCUAAAUGCCAUCGAGUCCUUGCGGGAAGAAUGCAAGAAGGCCGGAUACACCUCGAUUAUUGAAGGGAAACAGCUUGACGUGUCAAGUGAGGAGCAAACUGUGAAGGUAGUCAAGGAGAUUACCAAGGCUCACGGUCGCUUUGAUUUCUACAUUGCGAAUGCUGGUUUUGCCAACUACAGGAGUCUUAACGACACUGAGAUGAGCCACUACGACCGUCAAGUCAAUGUUAUGACCCGUGGAGCUUUUCUUGGUGUUAAAUAUGGCAGUCAGGCUAUGAUGGUGACGUCCACAGAGAAGCCUCACCCGGGCGGUGUCUUUGUGGUCACCGGUUCAUGCGCUGGGUUCCUCGGCUCCUAUAGCGAUCUACCUUAUGCUAUCGCCAAAACUGCGUUGCACGGCCUGAUUAGCGCUGCCUCGGUUCAAUUGUCAUCGAGCAACAUUCGUAUAAACGGCGUGGCUCCUGGCUUCACUAAAAGUGGCAUCUUGACGAAUUCUCAAAAGGCAGAGCAAGGUGAAUACAGAAGCGGAGAAAACGAGGAGCAACUGAAGCAGAAUCAUAUGUGGUUCUUUGAGCGAGCAGGACUUUUGAAGGCGACCGAGUAUUAUUACAAUCGGCUUCAAGAUCCUGUCGAAAUUGCCAACGUACAAUUGUUCUUAGCCUCAGGCCUUUCUUCAUGUAUCAACGGCCAAAUGGUCUUGUGCGACAGUGGCAAGACUGCGGCCGCGACUGGGGAGGCAUGUACCGGACCUGUGGGUCCAGUCCGCGCAUUAGACUUGUCUUGA